GAAAUCUAGCGGCCCAAAACACCCCACCAUCAUCUUCAAUUUUCAACGUUUCCCAGCUCAGAAAGAAAGAGAGAGAGAGAGGAAAACGCUUUAUCUAUUCAAAGAGAAAAGGCAAAAACCAAUAAAGCAAAAGCCUUUCUUUAUGUGUUUGCAAGAACCUGAGCUUUCUUUGGCUUCAGAAACAAUUUUUUUGUCUUUUUUUUCCUUCAAAUUGUUGUGAGAAAUUAUGACAGAGGUUUUGAGCAAGACAAAUCUAUUUUCUUCUGGUACUUGUCAAACCCAGCAACACAAUACUAUUUCUGUGUUUGCAAAGAGUUACAGGCUUAAAGGGUUUCCUUCGAGGGUCAAACCACAGGGUUUGAGAUCUCAAAUUUCAAGAUCUUCUUCUUGUAGUGAUUUUUAUGGCAAGAGGGUUGUUGUUCAUGGAAAUCAAAGCAAACCCAGAAGAGGGUAUCUUCCUCAAGCUUCGGUUGUGGCUAUGACUGGCCUUAAACUUAAAUAUGCUAAAAAAUGGUGGGAGAAAGGUCUGCAACCCAACAUGAGAGAAGUAACUUCUGCGCAAGAUCUUGUGGAUUCCCUAAUGAAUGCUGGGGACCAACUUGUUGUAGUUGAUUUCUUUUCCCCUGGAUGUGGUGGCUGCAAAGCUCUCCAUCCCAAGAUAUGUCAAUUGGCAGAGAUGAAUCCAGAUGUACAGUUUCUUCAAGUUAAUUACGAGGAGCACAAAUCCAUGUGUUAUAGCCUCAAUGUCCAUGUGUUACCAUUCUUCCGGUUUUAUAGAGGAGCUCAUGGCCGGUUAUGCAGCUUUAGCUGUACUAAUGCCACGAUCAAGAAAUUCAAAGAUGCAUUGGCCAAGCACACACCAGAUCGAUGUAGCCUUGGGCCAACAAAAGGGUUGGAGGAAAAAGAGCUUGUUGCAUUAGCAGCUAACAGAGAUCUCUCCUUCACGUAUACACCCAAACCAGUUCAACCUGCUCCUGUCUCUGCAGAGGAAGAGGUAGCACCAACGGCAGGCCCAUCUCAUUCAGACAGAGGUCUACCUCUUCCUCUUCCUAUAACAAGCUCGAAGUCUGCUCAAGACUCAGAGGAGAAAACCCUAGUGAGUUCUGGGAGAUGAUGUGGGCAGUCAUCAUUGACCUCCUCCAUACUAUCAUUGUACAGUCUGUGCUCUCCUUUCAUUUCGUAUCAAUAUUAGAAAUGAACAAACCAAAAGAGGCUCAAGUCAUGAUGUAUGUAUGUCCUCAUGGAGUUGCAGGGUUACGGAUUUAUUUUUUUGGAUCCUAGCCUUGCUUGUGCGAGCCUUAAGAGGGAUCUGUUUUUUAAAAAGCUUUUUUUUUUUUUUCGUUUGCCUUGUACCCAUUUGCAGUAUCAAUUUAAUGCAGCAGCUGUACAGCUAAUAUUUCUAUCA